UUCGAUUUUUGUGACAUGACUGCAUGCUUUCCUGACAGCGAGCUACUAGUUGAUGUCAGCGACUGCAUCACUAACAAGGCAGCCCUGAUGACGCUUGUUCCGAGAGCGGACGUUGUGGACGAUCAGGUUCUAAAUGUGGUCGUCCGUAUGCUCACAAGGAAUUCAAAACAAACUCAAUGGUUCCUCCCCACAAGCAUCAUGCAAGCCGCGCUCGAAGGCCGUAUGCUUACCUCAGGCACUACCACCUCGCUUCGUAACAACUACAUGCGGUGCAAGGUGGACAGGGUCACCAGGAUACAUCAACCGAUGUGGUGUGAUGGUCACUGGUAUCUCAUGAUAAUUGACGUUCCCCGCAUGAAACUCAUUUACUUGGACUCGCUUCGAGAUCCUGCCCAAGCAGAAGCAAGGAAUAUCACAAUGAUGCGCGUGGCAUUGUACCUUGGAGGGCUAACCCUGGGACAGUCUUGGCUCUCCGGCAACUGCUCCGUUCGACCCAGGUUUUCAAUGUUUGAUUUCGAAGAUCCUGAACUGCCCCAACAGGAUCGAAAAUUAAUGGAUUGUGGCACAGUGGAUGAUUAGGGACCAUCUGUGGGAGGAUUAUAGUGUCCAGAACGUCAGCACCGCAACGCGUAUGCGCUUGGCAGUAGAUCUGGUGAUGAAGUCGCACAACGAAAUGGCUGGCGACAUUGUUCACAAA